GUAUCCCUUUCAUAACUGUACUACUAUCUUGCUUAGUGCGGCCUGAACAAAUGAUCAGAGAGAAGCAUUGCUGGCCAUCAAGUGAAAAAGGUUUCAUAUGGAGUGUCAUAGGACCGAUUGGAAUAAUUAUCACGGUGAAUUUUAUUAUCUUCAUUCUGGCUUUACACGCGGCUGCCAAGGUUGACAGAAUAAACUCCACAAACAAUACUUGUAGGGAAAAGAGAAAGUGUGUAGUGAAAAGAUUGAAAGGUAUGACUUCUUUGAUGUGUCUCCUCGGAUUUACGUGGGCCUUCGGAUUUUUCUAUGUUCCCAAGAACCCGGCUAUUUCGGCGUACCUCUUCGUGAUUCUGAAUGGCUUACAGGGCGUUUUCCUAUUCGUGACGCAAAUGAUUUUCAAUGACCAUGUCCGGCACAAACUUUUGUUCGCCUACAAAGAGAAAGUGGCUAAAAUUUCAACUGCAGUACUUUCAUGGCAUACCGUCGUGGACAAUCCGAAAGCCAAAGGUAAAGUUCACCCAGAACAGGAGCAAGAAUUCACUGAUAUUAACUCGACGACAAAUGUAGACUGCACUCCAUCGGCUCCUCCUCUUGAUGCUGAUUUCUGCAAAGUACGGCAUACAUGGUUUAUACAGUUAGAACAGCCGCCAUCUCAUCCUUUUGGAGUCAACACCCAAAAAACUUAGUCUAACAUUUUUACGAAUAAUUUAUGAAAGAAAUGCUAAUAGAAAUGGGAUAUGAAUAAUUUCAAUAAAAUUCCGAAUAAAUAAUAUUCUCUGAUUGCGAUCAUCCUUAAAA